AUGGAGGAGGUGGAGGAUGACGGGGGGGGGGAGGAGGGAGAGGAGGAGGAGGGAGAGGAGGAGGAGGAGGAGGAGGAGGAGGAGGAGGAGGAGGAGGAGGAGGAGGAGGAGGAGGAGGAGGAGGAGGAGGAGGAGGAGGAAGAGGGGGGGGAGGAGGAGGGGGAGGAGGAAAAAGAGGAGGCGGAAGAGGAGGAGGAAAAAGAGGAGGAGAAAGAGAAUGUUGAGGUAAAAGAGGAGAAGAUGGAGGAGGUGGAGGAGGACGGGGGGGGGGAGGAGGGAGAGGAGGAGGAGGAGGAGGAGGAGGAGGAGGAGGAGGAGGAGGAGGAGGAGGAGGAGGAGGAGGAGGAGGAGGAGGAGGAGGAAGAGGAGGAGGGAGAGGUGCAAGGGGAGGAAGAGGAGGAUGAAGAGUUGGGUAGCAGAGAGGAAGGAGAAGCAGAUGAGGAAGAUAGUGAGAGUGACUCUGGCGAUAGUGAUAGUAUUGAAGGUUUGGUGGGUGAGGGAGAUGAGAUGGAGGAUACUCUUGCAACGUUGCCUUUUCAAUUCGGAGAAGGGUUUGGGUUUUGGGAGGAGGAAGCAGGAAAUGGGGAGGGAAGAGAUCUGGUGAGCUCGGAGGAUGAGGAUGAAGGGCGAGGGAUAGGGCAUAUGGCUGAUGAUGGGGAGGAAAAGGGUGAGGGAAUGAGAGGAGGAGAGGGUGAGGGUGAAGGAGAGAAUGGAGGGGUGUAUGGGUGGGGGGAUGGGUAUGAAGUUAAAGGGGAGGAUGUGGAGAUGAGAGAGGGAGAGGGGGGUGAGGGAAGGGAAAGUGUGGAGCAGGAACAGGGCGAUGAGAUUGAGGGAGUGGAGAUGGGGAGUUUGGAAGGUGGUUGCGGUGAAGGAGAAGAGGUGGGAGAGCAAGAAAUGGAAGGGGAGGAGAAUGAGAAUGAGAAUGAGGAGGAAGAAGAGGAGCAAGUGGAGGAGGAGGAUGGUAGCAAUGAGGGGUACAAGCAAGAGGAGGGGAAUAAUGGUGAUGUUGAGGGUGUGUCUUGCGAAGAGGCGAAAUUAGGUGAGGAGGCAGGGGAGGGUGGAUGGGCAACGGGGUAUGCUUGGAUGCAGGAGCAGGGGAGUGGAGAUAUUGCAAGGUGGCAGGGGCAGAAUGACAUGUUGGUAACGACAGGGUUUGGGAAUGAGGAUCAGAUGAAUGGAGAGAUGCUGGUAGAUGCGGGGGUAGGGGGCAGUGGGGGAGGUGAUGUGGAGGAGAAGGAGGGAGAGGAGUUGGGGGACAGCGAGGGGAAGGAGGAGAAGCGAAAGGAAGCGGAGGAGGAAGAGGAGGAUGGUGAUGAUGAUGAGGAUGAAGAGGAAGAGGAAGAAGAGGAGGAUGAUGAUGAUGGGUUGUUAGAUGCUGAACUGGCAGUUGCAAUGGAAGCAGAGGGGAUGGAGGAAGAGGAGCAGUAUGGUGAGGGAAUGGGUGCGGGCACGAGUGAACGGACGGAUGAAGGCAGUGGGAAGAUAAAAGAAUGGGCUGGAGAAGGGGCAAAGAUUGAGAGGGCUGGUGGUGAUGAUGUAGAGGAAGAGAAGUGGAUGAUUGGGGAGGAGUGGAUGUGUGGGGUUAUGGCAGGGCAGUUGGGGAUGAUUCAGGGGGGGAAAGGGAAGGGGGUAGAGGUUUGGGAGGGGAAAGGUGGAGGUGAGGAGGAAGGGAAGAGGGGUGAGGGUGAGGGGGGCGAGUUUGGAAAGGGGGAGGGGUUAAGGGUUUAUGGUGGGACGGGUGCGGAGGAGUGGCGGGUGAAAGGAGAGGAAGGUUCGGUAGAGAGCGGUGGGAAUGAGGGGGGAGGGGAAGAGGGGGAGGAGGAGGAGGAAGAAGAGGAGGAGGAUGGGGGAGAGGAGGGGGAAAGAUUGCAGUGGGACGAAGAGGGAGAGGAUGAUUCAGUCGAGGAGGAGAGUGAGGAGGAGAGUGAGGAGGAUGAGAGUGAUGAGGAAGAGGAGAGUGAGGAGGAGGAGGAGAGUGAGGAGGAGAGUGAGGAGGAGGAGAGUGAGGAGGAUGAGAGUGAUGAGGAAGAGGAGAGUGAGGAGGAGGAGAGUGAGGAGGAGGAGAGUGAGGAGGAGGAGAGUGAGGAGGAUGAGGAGAGCGAGGAGGAGGAGGAGGAGGAGAGUGAGGAGGAGGAGGUGGGGGAGGAGGUGGAAGGGGGGGAGGAGGAAAGUGGGGGAGAGGAAGGGGAAAGACUGCAGUGGGACGAAGAGGGAGAUGAUGAUUCAGACGAGGAUGAGGAGAGUGAGGAGGAGGAGAGUGAGGAGGAUGAUGAGAGUGAGGAGGAGGAGGAGGACGAAGAGGAGGAGGAUGAAUUUGGGGAGGAGUGGGCAAGAAAAGAGGAAUCAGAUCUUGUGAAAGCGGAGGAGGGAAACUAUGGAUUGCUGGAGGAGGAAGAGAGAAUGAAGCAGGAGGAGGAGGAAGAAGAAGAGGAAGAGGAGGAGGCUGAGGAGGACGAUGAGGUGGAAGGGCAGGAGAGUGAAAGCGGGAGUGAGGAGGAUGGGGAAGAGGAGGACGAGGACGAGGAGAGUGGUGGUGAUGAUGACGGGGAGAGUUUGAUGGUACAGUAUGAGCAGGAGGAAGAAGAGGAGGAGGAGGAGCUAGGAAAGUUGGGGGAUUGGACCCUUGUGGGGGGAAGUGAAGAGAGUAGCGAGGACAUUGGUGAGAGUGCGGAGAGUGAGGAGAUUGAGGAAAGCGAGGCGGAAGCGGGGGAAAGUGAGGAGAGCGAUGAGAGCGUGGAGAGUGAGGGGAGUGAGGAAAGCGAGGAGAGUGAGGGAAGUGACCUAUGUGGGAGUGUGUCAGAGGAGCGUAGGGAGAGUGAUCUUGUCAUAGAAAUGCUAUACGAGUCUGAUUCUGUAGAUUUGCAGGCUGGCAGUUUCAACGGAAAGAUUGCAACGGGUGCAAGGGGUGGAAUGGUUGCAACGAUUGCCAGUGACGAUGAUGAGUCUGCUGCUGAUGAUGAUGAUGGCAGCGAACUCUCAGAAGAGUUAGAGGACCCAGAGGAUCCAGAGGAUUCAGAGGAGCUUUAUCUCCCCGGAGAGUGCUCGGAGGACUCCGGAUCCUUCUGCUCUCCCGAUCGAUACUCUUCAGACCGUUACCUGUCGGACCGAGGAAAGGCGAAGCGAAGGAGAGGGGAGGCGAGUGGUGGUGGUGGUGAUGGUGAUGGUGGUGGUGGUGGUGGUGGUGGGGAAAGAGGAUGGAGCACACCAGCAGGCGCGUCAGCAGCAGGAGCAUACCCUGGCUCGCGUAAGAGACCUGCCGAAACCAGCAGCAGAAGCUGCAGAGGGAAUGACGAUCCUGAUCGUGGCGAUGCUGCUGGUGCUGCUGGUGCUGCUGGUGCUGCUGGUGAGGGUGCGGAGGGUGCAAUCGAGCCCUCCUCGCCCCCCGUCACACUCCACAGCAUCCACUCUGCCUUCUGGCUUCGUCUGCAGUUCCUCUUCCCACUGCUGCCCAUGGUUCAUGCUGACAGGGACUCCCGGUCAGACCCACCAUCAGCACGUGCCCCUUUGCCCCGCAACCUGCGUCGCUCCCUCACUCUCACCCUCCUCCACCUCCUCGCCUCCUCCGCCGUCCAAUGCCCGCUCCCUGCUCCCGCUUCCCCAUCUCUCCCGCUCAUCUCUCCUCUGCUCUCUCUAACCCGGUCCGGCACUUUCCCCUUGCUCCACCGACCCACUAACAAAGCUGAUGUUUCAAACGGCGUGGGAUUGAGAGGAGCGCCGUUGCGGCUUCUUAUUCAGCAGCAGCAGCAGCAGCAGCAGGAGGGGGAGGCAUCAGGAGACUUGUUAUUCGACACGCUUCUAUCCAUCUUCUAUGCGCUGCUCACUCCCUCCUGGCCUGUCUGGCUUCGUCCCUUUCCGCACUCCUCCUCCUCCUCUUCCUCGUCCGCGCUCCCUCUCCCUCUCCCUCCCUCAUCCACGUCCUCCCCAUUGCACAAGCCGCUCAAGGAUGUGGCUCCUCUUGACCCUGACAUGCUGGAAAUGCUACAAGCGGGAAUCGACUCUCUCUUCCCCGACCCUGCUCUCUGGUCCCGCCUGCAAUCCGCCCUCCCCGUCCUCCCCUCGCCUCCGCCAAUCACCAUUUCCGCCGCUCUCCCAGAACCCUCUCCCCCUCUCCUCGCGGCAGCUGCUGCCGCAUCAGCAGCAGCAGACGGCACACCUUUAGAACCCACCAUGAUCCCUGCAGCCGUUGCCACUCCCAUCCCUUCCACCGUCUUCUCCCCUCCGCCUCUACAUGUAGCCUUUUCUCCCGGAGGAACAGCCAGUCUAGGUCUUUCAGCCACUGCCGCCGCCGCAGCUGGUGCUGCUGGUGGUGGUGGUGAGUUUGCGGGUACGUGGGGGGCGGGUGGAGGGGAUGCGGUGGCUGCAGCUCCCAAGGCGGUGGGGUGGCUGAGAGGGGCUGUUCGGCGCAAGCGCAAGGGGAUUCUGUAUGCCGUGGGGCAUGAGGAUGAUGAGAUACUCCGAGGCGGAGGAGGAGGCGGCGACGACGACGACGACGACGACGACGACGACGACGACGGCGGCGGUGACGACGUGUAA